UCCCGAUUCCGUUCAGUGCUCUCGUCCCGUAAGCCACAGUCCGUCUCCCUUCCGAAUCGGAGCGACCGAGUGGAACCCUCUCCUGCGAUCCGCCAACCUCUCUCUGUCGUCUGCAUUCGCCCUCGUUCGGUAUUGUUGCUUGAUGGAGUGUUGAGGACCCUUGAAGGAUCGGGUCGAUCAUUUGAAUAUUGUUCUAAAAUGGGCGCGACGCUGGGAAGGAACAACUCGUUUAGUGGUGUUCUAGAAUCAAAACUUGAUGCGAAGAUGGUUGAGGCUAUGCAACGAAGGGCAUUGGGAGGAACUAAUGUGAAAUCAUUUAAUAGUGUCAUUAUGAAAUUUCCGAAAAUUGACAAGAAUUUUAGAAAAUGCAAGUCCAUUUUUGAGCAAUUUGAUGAAGAUUCCAAUGGUGCAAUAGAUCUAGAAGAGCUUAAGCACUGCUUUCAGAAGCUAGAAAUCUCCUGUAAUGAGGAGGAGAUUUCUGAUCUUUUUUUGGCAUGUGACAUUGAUGAGAACAUGGGUAUGAAAUUUAAUGAGUUUAUUGUUCUUCUCUGCCUUGUUUAUCUUCUCAACGAGCCAACUGUUGCAAAAGCAAAUUCGCGAAUGGGUCUGGCGGAUCUUGAGACAAGUUUUGAGGCACUAGUUAAUGCAUUUGUUUUCUUGGACAAAAACAAGGAUGGGUAUGUCAGCAAGACAGAGAUGGUGCAUGCUAUAAAUGAGACAACUGCAGGAGAACGCUCUUCGGGACGAAUAGCCAUGAAAAGAUUUGAAGAGAUGGACUGGGAUAAAAAUGGGAUGGUGACAUUCAAGGAAUUCCUCUUUGCUUUCACCAGUUGGGUGGGGAUGGAUGAUGAAGUUGAAGAAGAUGAGGAAUGAUUUCUUGAGUGUUUCAAAUGUUCAGUUGCCUCCAAACUCACCUUGGGCCGAAGCAAAUGAAGAACAUAUGCUCGAAGGCGCUUUGUGCAUACAUUUAUACUUCUUUUUGAUCUUUUGCAAUAAUGGCAACUGUUUUCAGACCGCCUUUUCAAAUUAAAUGCUCAUAUUUUGAGUUCUAACACUUUUUGCUCCCCUGUUGUUUUAUAUAUUGCAUUUGCAUUAUGUACUUGACUCGAAUGGAUUCAAUAUUAUCGACUUCUUGAUGAAUUUCAAAGAAA